CCGGCGAGGAUUAUAUUCAGCACAGGCGAGGUUUCGAGGCUGACCGCUGUCACCGUUGGCUGUAGUGGCUUCUCCGUAACAGAGAAGGGCACACGUACCUGAGGUCCUGCACAAUCCUGGGCAAUAUGAAGCUGUGGCAAGGGAUAGCUGUGCUGGUUCUCGUGCCGGGUGUGCUGUCCCACGAGGUCCCGUCCUUUAGAAACCAGGCAGCCAGUUCCUCGAGCAGCCACAGUUCAGCCGCCACGUCGUCCAGCAGCCACAGUUCAGCCGCCUCGUCGUCCAGCAGCCACGGUUCAUCAAGCUCGACCAAUUCGUAUUUGGGAUGGGAUUUGUUUGGCGUGCAGUCACUAGCUCCGUUUUUGAAUCUGGCAAACUAUGGAUUCCCCAGCCACAUAGACCUGCUUAGCUUUAACACCGGAACCGGUACAACUAUAUUAGCUGUGGCUGAAGAUAAGAUGGCUCAAUUCAUGAAUAAGUUGACGAAUGCUGGCGUGGGCUUCCAGAACACACUUCAGGACAUUUCUCAGAUGUUCAUCGCACCUCUCACCUACGACCAGACCAGGAGUCUCCGCAAAGGCGACGCUACAUUCGACCGUUAUAUGUAUUACGCAGAGAUCGUGUCCUACAUAGAGGAGCUUCCAGCCAAAUACCCGGAUGAGGUUCAAGUGGAGGAGAUUGGGCGCAGCGUCGAGGACAGACCAAUCUACCAAAUCAUAAUCACCAGAAACGAUUCGCGCAGCACGGAGAAGCCAGUCAUAUUUAUUGAAGCAGGAAUAUACGCGAGGGAGUGGGUAUCUCCGGCCUCAGCGCUGUAUCUGGUGAACCGCCUGCUGGAGGACAGCCCGUCCCUGUCGCAGGAGGCCGAGUGGCGCGUCGUCCCGCUGCUCAAUCCAGACGGUUAUGUCUACUCUUGGUCACAUGAUCGGCUCUGGAAGAAAAAUCGCGCCCCCUCAGCCACUCCCGAUUGCUCCGGUGUUGAUCUGAACAAGAACUUUGGUUUCUACUGGGGAGAAAUCGGCUCCAGCAUCGACCCUUGCUCCAACAUGUUCCACGGCCCAAGCCCCUUCAGUGAGCCCGAAACCAGAGCGCUUAGGGAUGCCAUAUAUGAAGUUCAGAACAGAACAAAGGCUUAUAUAUCACUUCAUUCCUUCGGGCAAACUUUCAGUUAUCCAAGGACCAUCCGCGAUGAUGCCAACCGAACCAGUGCCGAGGAGUUGGAGCGCAUAGCAGAAGGCAUGAGGGAAAGGAUCGAGGCUACCAGUGGUGCAACGUACACUGUUAUCAGAAGUCCAGAAUCACUCAUCAUUGGAGGGACCUCAGAGAACUGGGUGGCGAGCCAGGGCGUCCCGUACGUGUACACCAUGGAGCUGCGUGACAAGGGCGAGACCGUCUUCCACCUUCCCGAGCAUCUCAUCGCUGAAACGGGAGAAGAUGUCUGGGCAGCCAUGAAGUAUCUGAGCGGUCAGUUUGAGGAGUAGGAGGCGGCUCGAGGCGCAGCGCAACUCACUGGCCGAGUAGGAGCGACGACAGACACUUCAUUGAACCACUUAUUUAACUUUUUCACUAACACUUUUUAAUGUAAAGUGAUCCUGGCAAAAAGAAUCAAUACUCACUUUUACUAUAUUAAUUUAUCACAAUCUAUUUAUUACUUACUAAUAAAGAAAUUGCACAACAUG